AAAAAACUCUCUCUCUCAUUUGCAGUCACUGACUGAAGAAAGAAACAAGAAAAGGCAGGAUCUUUCUUUCAUUUUCCCUAAUGGAAGAAGAAGAAGAAUUUCAACAAGGUCACCAAAGCCCAGUACUUUCAUUUACUUCUGAUGAUGGUCAGGAUUCUUCACAAGAAGAAGGUCUAGAAGAUCCAAUACCAAGACUACUUGCCAUGAGUCUUGAUGCCUGGAGAGAUCCAUCUACUUUUCAAGAUUGGCUAUCUUUUGGUUCACAACCAGUCCUGACUGAAACCACCCUUGUUGGUUCUUUUACCACCACUAUUGUAGGCCACAGUGGUGCAAAAUUCAAUGAGCAUGAAUUGCUUGAAUUUGUCCGUUAUCAACAAUGCCCUUCUGAUAAGAAUGCUAUAAAGGUUUUAAAUUCUAGUUCUAGAGAAGUGGGCUACCUUUGUACUUCAGUUGCUAUGGUUUUAUCUCCUUUAGUUGAUAUUCUAAAAAUUAAUCUUGAAGGUGAGGUGAUUUGUUCAAGAUUUAAAUAUGAUACGUCUAUUCCUUGUGUAGUUACAAUUUUUGCAGAGUCAGCGGUUGCACAGAAUGCUAAAGAUUGGAUUUUACAACACGGGUUGCGUUUAUGUGAUCAACCUGGUACAAGUCUCAGGUCAUAUGAGGGUAUGGGGGUUCAAGAAAAGGGUAGGAUAGAGAAAUUGGGGAGUUUGGAACCACCAAAGAAUGUGAUUAAAGCUAAACUUCUUGAUCAUCAAAAGGAGGGCCUAUGGUGGUUGGUGACUAAAGAGAAGUCUGAUGAGUUGCCCCCUUUUUGGGAGGUGAAAGAUGGGUCGUAUCUGAAUGUUUUGACAAGGCAUCAAACGGAUAGGAGACCAGAGCCUUUGCAUGGUGGGAUUUUUUCUGAUCAUUAUGGAUCAGGAAAGACUCUGACUUUGCUUUCUUUAAUUGCUUUUGAUAAGGUUGGCAAUGUUACUGAAGGAACAGGAGAGGAGGACAGGGUAGUGUAUGUUUCUAGCGGGAAGAAGAGGAAGGGGGGUGGCAUGGUGAGUGAAAAGGGUACUGGAGAACAAAAAAUGCAUAGCCUUUUGGAUAGUAAUAUAAAAGAAAGUUCUGUGCGCAUGGCCGGGGAGUCUUCUAGUGCUUUGGUUGCUAAGAAAACACUAGUCGUGUGCCCUUCUGCUGUGUGUUCGACAUGGGAAAACCAACUGCAGGAGCACACUCAAAAUGGUUCACUCAAGCUAUACAAGUAUUAUGGGGAUAACAGGACGAAGGAUGCAGAGGAGCUUAUGAAAUAUGAUAUAGUGUUGACCACAUAUAGUACCUUGGUUGCUGAAGGCUGUGAACCCACACGGUGCCCUUUGAUGAAGAUCGAGUGGUGGCGAGUCAUUUUGGAUGAGGCUCACGUGAUUAAGAAUGCAAAUGCAAAGCAGAUUCGGGAUUUUAGUAAAUUGACCGCUAGGAGGAGGUGGGCUGUUACAGGAGCACCCAUCCAGAAUGGAUCUUUCGAUUUAUUUUCCCUGAUGGUCUUUUUCCGGUUAGAUCCACUCUCCACAGAAUGCUACUGGCAACGACUGUUUCAGAAACCACUUGCUAAUGGAGAUGAGAAAGGGUUCUCCCGGCUGCAGAAAUUAAUGGCAACAAUUUCUUUGCGGAGAAUAAAAGACAAGGAUUUAGUUGGAUUGCCAUCCAAAACUGUAGAGACAGUUUCCUUUGAACUUUCUGGAGAAGAACGUGUACUGUAUGAUCAGAUGGAAGCAGAUUCCAAGGAUGUUAUUGGAUGUUUUAUUACCGCUGAUAUUCUACACAGCCACUAUGUAUGUGUGCUUUUUUCAGUUAUACAGCUUCGCCAGUUAUGUAAUGAUUCGGCCUUAUGCUCUAUGGAUCUCAGAUCAUUGCUCCCUUCUGACAAUAUUGGAGAUGCAUCCAAACAUCCGGAAUUGCUUCGAAAAAUGAUUGAUGGGCUUCAAGAUGGUGAAGAUAUUGUCUGUUCGGUUUGCCUUGAUCCACCAACUGAUGCUACAAUCACAAUCUGUGAGCAUAUAUUUUGCAAAAAAUGUAUUUGCCAUCACCUGCAACACAAAGAAACCGAACAAACCUGCCCAAAUUGUCGGCGUCGUCUUUCUCUGCCUGACCUGUUCUCAGCCCCUCCAGAAUCUUCCAAUCCUGAAAACCCUAAAAAACUGUCAAGAACAACCCCUUCCAAAGUCUCAGCUCUCAUAAAACUCUUGAAGGAAUCUAGGGUUGUAAACUCAAUCAGUAAAUCAGUAGUUUUUUCACUGUUUGAUAAGAUGUUGGCAUUAAUGGAAGAGGCAGUGAAAGAUGCUGGCUUCAAUACAUUGCGGUUGGAUGCAUCAACAGAUGAAAUAAGGCAAGCUGAAAUAAUCAAGGAAUUUGGAUCAGCAGGAGCAGACACGGUUCUGCUUGCGAGUCUCAAGACUUCAGGAACCGGCAUAAACCUCACAGCUGCUUCCAAAGUCUACUUGUUGGAGCCAUGGUGGAAUUCAGCGGCUGAGGAACAGGCAAUAAACCGUGUUCAUCAAUACGGACAGAAGGAGAAUGUAAGAAUUGUUAGAUUGAUUGCUAAAAAUAGCAUUGAAGAAAGGAUAUUGGAGAUGCAGGAAAGGAAGAAAGCAGCGAAUGAAGCUUUUGGAAGGAAACGGCCAUAUGAACAACACGAGGCCAGCAUAGAUGAUCUCUGUCGCCUCUUCUUCUGGUGAGCAUGCCUUGAUCUUUGUUUCAUGAUUCUUCCAAGGACAUGUAGCAAUCACAUCUGUAGUUUGUAAUGGAGAUGUAGCAAUCCAUCUGUUUUUUCCUGCUACUCUUAUGUGAAUCUUGCUAUGAUGAGCCCCUUUGGGCAAAAUUUCAUGAUGUAUGAAGAUGCUCACAGGCAAUUUCUGAACUUGCUGGUUCAGCAUGUGUUACAGGUAAUGGAUUAAGCCAAGAUCUUCUGAAA